AUCAUCAUUCAGGGAACGGAAUACACAAAGUUAUCUCAAACGAGUAUUUUAAUAUUACUACUUUAAUAUGGGAUGCUGUGAAGUAUUGAGAAUCGCUUUUAGUGUCAUCAAUGCAUUAUGUACUCCUGUACUUAUUGCGGCAAUUUACGGUGUGAACAUGGGAUAUCUUUAUGAUGUUCCACGAUUCGUUUUACUUUACGUAGUCGCGCUAUUCAUCAAUGUACAUCUUAAUAUGCUAGCUUUGGAACGCACAUUUAAGACGAAUCGUAGAUUAAUUAUAACAUGUGCUUCCUACUCGAUCUUUUUAAUUUUUUUGCAAUUAUUGAAACUUAAUCUAGUAAUUGUAUUUAUAUUCUUCAUACAAUUUAUUAACUUUUUGAUCCUAUGUUACUUUGUUAUUUCGUUUAUUAUUGUGUGCUUAAUACACUGGGAUUUUCGAAAGAAUCAAAACACGGCGAUUGAUACUGAAUUGAAUACGAUCGAAACAUCACCAGAGUAAUGAGAGAUCUGAUAUCGAUUCUAAAUACAUUUCGAGAAUUAAUUAUUGGAUACUCAUUCAACGCUGAAUGCUCAACUACCUCAGAAGAGACUUUUAUCUAAAAUAUCUAGUGAUAAUAUCUAGUGAUUUGAGUUAUUUUUAUUACUGUAAAUUGUUUUAUAUUUCAAUCAAAAUC